AUGCUUCGUCGUCGAGGAGGCUGGAGUGGUUCUGGCACCAACCGAGGAGGAGGAUCUCGACCGGGUGGUCGUGGAGGCUUCGCUCCUCGGCCCACGAAAGUGUGCCAGCAUUUCCUUCGGGGAAGAUGCAACUACGGUGCCUCGUGCAAAUACUCUCAUGAUCACGAGCAUGUUAAGCGUGCGCGUGAAGAAGAGGCUUCAACACCCAGCGAAACCCACCAGGCCCGCGAGGACUACUUCGACUUCAAACGCCAGGUCCGUCGGCGAGGUUUGUUCAUCUCCCCGGCAUAUUCCAAUAUGUGGAUGGAAGUUGCGGAGACCUGGAAUCUCGCACUCAAGAUUCUAGAGUCCCCGAACAGAGAGUGGCAUCAAUCCGUUGCCAGAGAUUUGGCGGAUGACGAGGUCGGCGGCCCUGACUUCAUCCAGCGAACUAUCGAGCUGUGCACCACCACUCUGGGGGACGGCAACUGUCUCAAGCUUGCUCGCGCCUUUCUCAAAGUUAUAACGCAUCAGUCGAUGCUCCGUUCUCUGUCCAUCGACAGCUUCCUCGGCACCAUCUACCGCAUGGUCGCGGGAAGCAAUGGCAACCGGGGCAUUGUCUUCUUCUCCGAUCUGAACCGCCGCCUCUCCCGAAGUUCGGAGUCCCCGAGAAGCUUUCUCGCUCUCGUCGUUCUCUCGCUCUACGAGCUGUUCCGCCGAGAGCGCAAGGGCCUCCUCAACGAUGCCUUAUAUUCUCUCCUGGAUGCUCUCCGGGAGAAAGCAGCCCGGCUCGCAAGCUUGGCCGAGGAAGCCGGACCGGAUUCGGUCGACCUUGACGCAGUGGGAAUGCAAAUAGACAUAAUCAGAAGGAUGAUGGAUGGUGCACGUGGCGGCCUGUCCGAAGGCGAGACUGCCCAAGCCAUCAAUACCGUCGGAAAUACCGGAGCCAUCGGCAUCCGAUCAACUUUCCCCUCUGAGGUGGUUGUUCCCGGGGGCAAGCAUGACAACGACUUCGCCGACAUUACCAAGAUCCAGAUCUUCCCAACCCUAGGAGAAAUUACGUGUGAUGUUUCGGAGUACCUGCCUACCACCGACUUCACCCAGCCGCAUUUUCUUCGCGACCCCGUCCGGCGCCACAUCGAUUCGGCCUUCCGCCUUCUGCGACAUGACAUCUUUGGACCUCUCAAACAGGUCAUCGGCGCCCUCUUGGCACAGCGCAAUGCUGCCGACGCCGUAUCCUCAAAUCGGUUCAUUACCGGGAACAUCAAAGCCCACAUAUACUCUGGGGCUGGCCUCCAGCACGUCCUCGUCGAUAAGCGUGACGGGUUUGAGGCCAUUGCCUCUUUUACAACGCCCCCACAGGUGCGCAAGUUGACCUUGCCGGACCAGCAACGCUGGUGGCAAGCAUCGUCUCGCCUGGAGCCCGGCGGCCUGGUAUGCUUUGUCUCGGCUCGCGGGAAUGAAAAAUCGUUCUUGAUGUUCGUGGUGACCGAAAAGAACACCGGCGAGAUCAAGGAAGGGCGGAACAAGAGUACACUUGUUUCGGACCGCUUCAAACCUGCCGUCAAGGUGAAACUGGCAUCUGAAACCCGCAAGAACCUGGCGGUGCUCAACAGAAUGUACGUCGACAGAGAAGAGGGAUUGCUGGUUGAGCUCCCCGGUCUCAUUCCCGACACCUUUGUACCCAUUCUCGGGAACUUGCAGCGGAUGGUGAAAGACGGAGACCUUGCUUUUCGACAAUGGAUCCUUCCUUCUUCGAUUGACAACGCGGACGACCAACCGUCUGCUCGGAUACCGCCACCAGCAUAUGCUCGCAAGCCGGGGUUUAAGUUCCGGCUGAGGACCAUUACUCGGGACGGGCAGCCCACGCUAAGCGUCAACCCGGCGGAGUGUACUGGUGACAUUGCCACCCCAGAGACUCUCGAGGCUGCAACGGGCCUUGAUCCAGGCCAAUCUGCUAGUCUAAUCGCAGCCUUGACACGCGAAUAUGCCCUCAUUCAGGGGCCGCCCGGGACCGGCAAAUCCUACGUCGGCGUGCAGUUGGUCAGGGUCUUGUUGGACCACAAGCACGAAGCCAACCUGGGCCCAAUCCUGGUCAUUUGUUACACAAACCACGCGUUGGACCAAUUUCUCAAACAUCUUCUCGACGUCGGUGUCGACAAGAUCAUCCGCAUCGGAGGCCAGAGCCGCGCCGAGGAGCUCGAGGGCAAGAAUCUAAGGGUCGUAAGUCAGGAGACGUCGAGGACGCAGGUCGAGCAGCGGAUCCUUGGGAAGAGCUACUCGGAAGCUGAGGCGUCUCUUGAAAAGGCCGGGCAUCACCUGAAACGAGUGCACCAAGCCCGGAGAAACAAGCCCGGAUGGAGAAUGCUUGAGCCGUUUCUGUCGCGACGCUACCCGAGAAUCGCAAGACAGUUCGGCUCUCAGUGGCUUGACGAGGACGGAUUCGAGUUGGCCGACGGUCGCGAUCCGCGUUGGGCGCUCGCCGGGAGCUGGAUAAGCGAGUUGACCGAGCUGCAGAGCGAUCGUGUCUUUGAAAUGGUUAGCGCAGCGAGACACCACCGAGAGGCAAUCCAAAGAGUUCACGACGACGUGAGCUGUCGAACGCUUCUCCGGGCUGACGUCGUGGGCGUCACGACAACCGGCCUGGCACGCAACAUCAACAUGCUCUGCCGGCUGGGCGUCAAGGUCAUCAUCUGCGAGGAAGCGGCCGAGGUGAUGGAGCCACACCUCAUCUCCGCCCUCAUGCCCGGGGUGGAGCACUUCAUUCAGAUAGGAGAUCACAGGCAGCUCCGGCCGCAGAUCCAGAAUUAUCUCCAAUUCAGUAUGGAGACGGCCGUAGGACGCGCUUAUCAGCUCGACCGCAGCCAGUUCGAGCGCCGCGCGGUGGGAGAGCCCGGCCUGCGGGCGUUGCCUGUGGCACAGCUCAAGGUGCAACGGCGUAUGCGGCCAGAGAUUUCUCGGCUCAUCAGGAGGGUAUAUCCCGACCUUGUUGACCAUGAUUGCGUCAAAAACCUGCCGUCCGUCGUGGGCAUGCGGGACAACCUCUUCUGGCUGGACCAUGACCACCCGGAAGACGGCAAGGACGACGGGGCGCGAGCAAAAUCGCACAGCAAUGCCUGGGAAGUGUCGAUGGCGAAGGCCCUGAUCCAGCACCUGGUGCGCCAGGGCGAGUACAAAAGUACGGAUAUUGCUCUGCUGACACCUUAUACCGGGCAGCUUCAGAAGCUCCGUGCCAGCCUCGGCAGCGACUUCGAGGUCUUUCUCAGCGACCGCGACCUCGAAACGCUGGCAAAGGAGGGUUUUGAAGAAACGCCAGAAGAGGAACCGGGGACGGAAAACACGGGGCUUGGGCUCAGGAAAGCGGUCGAGAAGAAGAGAUUGCUCCAAACGAUCCGCUUAGCGACCGUCGACAACUUCCAGGGGGAAGAAGCCAAAGUCGUCGUCGUCUCGCUCGUCCGCAGCAACAGCAACGCCAAGGUCGGUUUCCUCCGCACCGAAAACCGGAUCAACGUGCUUCUCAGCCGGGCUCAACACGGCAUGUACCUCAUCGGCAACGCGAAGACCUACGAGAACGUCCCCAUGUGGGCAGAUGUUCUUCAGCAGCUCAGAGCAGGGAAUGCCGUCGGCGCGUCCAUCGCCUUGUGCUGCCCCCGGCACCCGGACACCCAACUCCUGUGCUCCGAACCGAAAGAUUUCACCAUCAAGAGCCCCGAGGGCGGCUGUUCCCUCCCUUGCGACAAACGACUCGAGCCCUGCGGCCAUAGGUGCCCGGCGCCGUGUCACUCCCAGAGGCUCCACGAUGCCUUCGACUGCCUCGAGCCAUGCCCACGGCUGCGCUCGACCUGCCAGCACCCCUGUCCCAAGCUGUGCGGUCAGGAGUGCGGGCCCUGCAAUGUCAAAGUAGACGGCGUCAAGCUUCCCUGCGGCCAUGUCCGUGACAAGGUCCUGUGCCACCAAACAUUGGAUCUCAAGUCCAUCAGGUGCUCUCAACCGGUGGUGAAGGAAGUGCCCGGAUGUGGGCACUCGGUGCCUGUUCCUUGCUACAGGGAUGUCGAGUCGGAAAUGUUUAGAUGCCCGACAGAGUGCAUCGGCAAGCUGGAGUGUGGUCAUCGGUGUCCGGGAACCUGCCGGAGUUGCCGGACACUACUAGAUGGCCCGGGUGGUGGUGUUGUUGUGUUUCGCCACCAGCAGUGCAAUAAGCGGUGUGAUCGGCCGUAUGGGACAUGCAAUCACCGGUGUUCAAAGACCUGUCAUCAAGGGGAGAGUUGCGGCACCUGCCCUGAAAGAUGUGAGGUCCGAUGCCCACACUCACGGUGCCAUCAAGAAUGCCGAGAGCCUUGCACUCCGUGUAUCGAAAAGUGCGCCUGGAGAUGUGAGCACAGGGGCUCUUGCUCAUUGCCUUGCGCGGCACCUUGCAAUCGUCUGCCCUGCGAAAAAAGAUGCGACAAGACGCUACAGUGCGGCCACCGAUGUCCUAGCUUCUGUGGUGAGGAAUGCCCACAGCAACUUUGUCAGAUUUGCUGCACCAAACGGGAUGCUCGUGUGGACGUCAUGGAGUUCAAGAUGUACCACGAAAUCGACCUAGACGAGACUCCCAUCGUAGUCCUCGGAUGCGGCCACUUUUUCACAGGCGAGACACUCGACGGCUUGGUGGGCAUGAAAAAUGUCUACACGACCGACAAUCUCGGGAAUUACAACGGCCUUCGGGAGCUCUCCGGGGAGCUCAUGUCGAUACCAACCUGUCCGGAUUGCAGGGUUCCGAUCCGUCAGUUCGCCACAAGACGCUAUAACCGCGUCGUCAACAAGGCGGUCCUGGACGAGACCUCCAAGCGGUUCCUUGUUGGCGGCCGCGAGAAGCUCGCGGAAUUGGAGAAAAAAACAGCGCUAGUUGAGAAGAAACUGUCGGAUUCCACCAGUGACACGAUGUACUCGCCAGAUGUGUCCCUCGGAAAGAAGAUUUCAGAGCGGUACAAACCCGCCAUCCAGCUGGAAAAAGAAUCAGCCGCCCUGCGGAAGAGCAUGGAGGCGGAACACCAACCAACAAAGAAGCUAUUCGAUGCCGUUCUAACAUUCCAGCGCCUGCAGCGGGAACGAUCCCUCGAGGAAAAGCUCCGAGAUCUCACACUUUCCGAGCCUCAGAUCGCUACUCCCGAACUGGUCGUCUACGACCGACAAAUCACGCUCAAGGCCCAUCGCCUACAGUUGCGCCUCCAAGAGGCGAUGCUUCGCGACACCUUCAUCCUCCUCUCCAGGCUCAAGAACAGCGCCAUCCUUGCUAACAUCCCUGUUCAGCAUCCCGACAAGCGCUCGGCCGCCUUCCUGAAGCAGUGCAGAGUCCUCAUAGACAGCGCCACGAGCGCUAAACUCCCACGCCUGGUGAUUGAAACCAUCCUCUCCUACGCGCGCGUCGCGGAGCUCGAUGGAUGGUAUCGUCGUGCCUUCAUCAUGUCCGAGACCGCGGCCCCCACAGGUAAUAAUAAUACGGGUACGGGCACCACCACCACCACCAACAACACGGCAGCACCAUUGGCUUCCGAUGCCACCGGCGGGUCCGAGAGGACAAGCAAUGUCCAGGCCGGAGAAAAAACCUCCUCCUCCCGCGAGACGGCGAUCGGCCUCCUCGACCGCGCCCUCGACCUCUGCGCCACGAUCCCGGGCCCCGACGGAGCCGCGUACCGCGCCGAGGUGGAGGAGACGAUGCGGCUCUUUGCCGAGCCGCACUACGAAGCAGUCACGCCGGCCGAGAUCGCGGCCAUCAAGGCGGCCAUGGUCAGCGGCGCGGGCGGGCUGGCGACACACUCGGGGCAUUGGUACACUUGUCGCAACGGACAUCCCUUUGCGAUCGGGGAGUGUGGAAUGCCGAUGGAAAGGGCGAGGUGUCCGGAGUGCGGGGAGGUGAUUGGAGGGACGAAUCAUACGCCUGUCGAAGGGGUGGAGAGGGACACGCGGAUGGAGUUGGCUUGA